AUGUUGAAGAUCUGGUCUAUGAAAAAGGAGCAGCAAAAGGCUGAAAAUGCCGAAGGAGCAGCAGGCGGAAAGAAGAAGAAGGUGACGGCAGCGCAGCUACGUGUGCAGAAAGAUCUCUCAGAGCUGUCACUGGGCUCAACGAUGAAGACCGAAUUCCCAGACCCCGAUAACAUCCUCAAGUUCACCCUGACCAUCGAGCCGGACGAGGGCAUGUACCGAGGGGGCAAAUUCUACUUUACCUUCGACAUCAACCAGAACUUCCCCCACGAGCCGCCAAAGGUGCUCUGCACGCAGAAAAUCUACCACCCGAACAUCGACCUGGAAGGCAAGGUGUGCCUGAACAUUCUACGGGAGGACUGGAAGCCCGUGCUGAACCUGAAUGCCGUUAUCGUCGGCCUUCAGUUCCUAUUCCUCGAGCCCAAUGCCUCAGACCCUCUCAACAAGGAGGCCGCUGAUGAUCUACGGAACAACAGAGAGGGAUUCAAGCGAAACGUACGGUCGUCCAUGGCCGGCGGGACCGUCAAAGGGCAGACAUUCGAUAGGGUGCUGAAAUAA